UCAUAGAAGUAAGAAGAAACAGGUUGCGUUUCUGACUUUCUCCGCAAGAAUCAAACAUCUUCUUCUUCUCAUUCCAUCAAUCCUCUCUCUAUUAUCAGAAGUAAAGAUGAAUAAAGGCAGCAGCUUUAAGCUGGACAACGAUUUCGAAAAGAGGAAAGCUGAAGCUGGAAGGAUCUUAGAGAAGUACCCUGACAGAAUCCCGGUGAUUGUGGAAAAGGCUGAGAAAAGUGAUAUCCCAGACAUUGACAAGAAGAAAUACCUUGUGCCAUCAGACCUAACAGUUGGACAAUUUGUGUAUGUGAUUCGGAAGAGAAUCAAACUAAGUGCCGAGAAAGCAAUCUUCAUAUUCGUAGACAAUGUCCUUCCUCCCACAGGAGAGAUUAUGUCAAGCGUCUACGAGGAGAAGAAAGACCAAGAUGGCUUCCUCUACAUCACUUACAGUGGCGAGAACACAUUUGGUGCUUCCUCAAUCUAAACCUCAGUGUGAUGUUCCCCUCUUUCAAUUUGUGUAUAUAGUUCUAAUAAUAAUUUAUCGUUUCUAUGUUCUUGCACUUUGUUAAAAUGUAUAUAGACUAAUAUUGAAAUAUUAUCUUUAUUCGCAUUA